GACGAAGUAAGAAAGGGCGGGGGUGGUAUAGUUACGACAUUGGUGACGUUGAAUAACGUCACUGACGCGCGACCCAGCGACCGGGAGAAGACACGUGUUUGGAUUCCACAAGAAGCACAAUCAUCUUGACGCCGCAGUUAAGGCUCCCGCUGACAUGGGUGACAUCAGCCGGCCGUGCACCGUGUGGCUCGGCUCGGAGACGGGCAUCCUGAAGGGGGUCAGCGUGUCUCAGAAGAAAGCCUUCAACUUCUCCAACAGCACCUUGAGCCGCGAGCAGGAGGUGCGCGCCCUGUGCUGGGCCGACCCCACGGAGACCGAAGUCCUGGUGGCCUCUGUGGACGGCGCCGUAAAGACCUUCAGUGUGGAGAAGGGUGUCUUCACCGACGCUCGCCGCUGCGGGGACCCCGGCGAGGGCAGCUUUGUCGGGCUGGCCGUGCUUAACGACACCUCGCUGGCAACGUGCACGGACAGUGGCGCGCUGCGAGUGUGGAAGGAGGAGAGCGGCAAGCCUGCCUUGAGCCUCAGCGUGGGUACCGACGUGUGCCGCAUGAGGCAGAACCCGAGCCACCGGCACAAGGUGGCCACUGGCGGAAAGAACACUUGUCUGAAAAUCUGGGACCUGGAGACGCCCGACAAGCCGGUGUUCACCGCCAAGAACCUGCGGGACGACUGGUUGGCCCUACAGCAGCCGCACUGGGUCAAGGACAUUGCCUUUAUCCCCGGGUCCGAUAAGGUGGUCACUUGCACGGGCUACCAUCAGGUCCACGUGUACGACCCCUCCUCACCUCAGCGUCGCCCUGUCAUGGAAGCCAAGUUCGGGGAGUACCCGCUGACCGUGCUGUCUCUUCCGGCCGCCGGGGGCUCGGUGGUGGUGGGCAACACUCACGGUCAGAUCGCCGUGCUGGACCUGAGGAAAGGUUUGGUCCGGGGCUGCCUAAAAGGUCUGGCGGGUGGCGUGCGCGGCCUGCAGUGCCACGCCUCUCAGCCCUUGGUGGCGUCCUGCGGCCUGGACCGCUUCCUGCGCAUCCACAGCCUGGAGGACCGCAAGGUGCAACACAAGGUCUACCUCAAGUCACGCCUCAACUGCCUCCUCCUCGCCAGCCGCCCCCUGGAGGACGCCGUGGACGACGCCUCCCAGGAAGUAAAGGAGGAGGAGGAGGAAGAUGAGGUGUGGGCCGCCAUGGAGCAGGUGGAGGAGAAACCAAAGAGGAAGACGUCAGAGGAGGGAGAGCGGCAGCCAGAGGAGAGUAUAAAGAAGAGGAAGAAGAACUGAGAGGCGUUUGGGGGGUGUUCACAGUGUGGGACUUUGCAGCGCCAAGCUCAUCGGACUGAAACACGCCAAAGAAACUCGACUUUUGUAGAAGUGCCUUUAACACAAAAGUAAUGCAUCAACUAUUCAGGCUGUCGUUAAAGGUUAAGAAAAUAAUGUAAAGAUUUCUCAAUUGGUUUUUAAAUAAAAUGUUAUAAGUGCGCAUAGUAAA